AUGUUGUGGACGGCCCUGUUUAUGACGUUUGAAGUCAAUUUCUCUUGCUCCUUCACAGUCUUCAGUCAGGACGAGCAAUCUUCCGAUGAAGAUGUGGAAGUCAUCGGUAACCAGGGCAUUCGUCUGCGUUGUUCUCGAAAGGUCAAGGGACAUCGUGACUUCUUGCAGAUUAAACUUGUACAGGAGAUGCAAAGCGAACACACCGGUGCCAUUUGGGCCAUGCGGGCAUCGCCCUGCGGUCGUUUGUUGGCGACCGCCGGACAUGACAGGAAUAUUCGGAUCUGGGUACUUCGCCAAUGGUACAGUUACUUCAAGGAGAUGCAACAGAUAUCA